CUUAGAUCUCGUUCGGUAAAUCUGAUUUUUUAAGAGAAAAUGGCAAACAAAAAAACAAAUAAUCCCGAGUUUUUACGCCAAUUUAUUGAUAUUUAUCAAUCAAAUCCUUGCCUAUGGAAGGUUAAAGAUAAAUGUUACACGAAUCGGGAUUUGAGGGAGAAAGCGUAUCAACAAUUAAUCAAUUUGUAUAAAACAGUUAAUGUUGAAGCGUCUCAAGAAACAGUGCGAAGCAAAAUUAAUAAUUUGCGAAGUGCAUUUCGUAAGGAACUGAAGAAGGUUCAAAAAUCUAAAAGAAGCGGUGCAUCCACUGAGGAUAUUUACACCCCUGGGCUGUGGUAUUACGAACUUUUAUUAUUUACCGCGAAUCAAGAAGAAUCUAGUGAGACCGUGUCUUCAAUCAAUAGUAGUGACGAUGAGGUAGAAGAUAAAGAAAAUGAAAACGUCAGCACUGAGAUGAUUACUGUUCAAUGUAUCAGCCCUGAAUCGAGUAUGGAACAUGAUUCUGCUCCAUUGUUAUCUCCCACUUCUAAUAGAAUAUCUACCUAUUCCAACACUACCCGCAAAGGGAAAAAAACAAAACGGGAAGAACUUCUGGAUGCAGCAUACAAAACUUUGGCCACAGUUGACGACGAAUGCAGUAGCAUUGGUAUGACGAUCGCAUUUAAACUUCGGCGAAUGAAUGAGCGCCAAAGAAAUAUAGCAGAAUAUUUAAUAAACCAAAUUUUGUUUUUUGGAGUGCAAGACAAGCUAGAUGAAGCAACAUAUAUUGCGUAUUCUACGCCUCCUCAAAUUGAGCCUACUCCCAGUACCCAGUACGUCAAACAGGAACAAAUUUUUGAUCCUUGUGUGUGA